GAACCGCAAAGCGUGCCAUCAACCAAAUCUUGACAAGAUGGCCACCAUAAAGUUUUACGACCUAACAGCCGACCCUACGAAAUCCACACGAUUCUUUUCGCCCAACACAUGGAAAACCCGAAUGGCACUCUUGCACAAGCAGGUCAAGUUUGAAACCGUUCCUGUUACCCUCCUUGAUAUCCGCGGACCAAUAGCAAAGCGCUCGGGUUUACCAAACAUUCAAGCUCCAGCCAUAGAACUCCCAGACGGAACAUUUCUUUACGACUCUUUCCGAAUUUCAGAGUGGCUUGAAACGGCGUAUCCUGAUGCUCCUUCGUUGUUUACCGGCGACGGUCAAUCUACGCGUCAAGCCAAUCCGGCACAUUUGACAACAGGCAAGGCGUAUGCUCGUCUCGUUGACUUGGGUCUCGGCUCAUCAUCACCAGAAUGGGCAGUAUGGUUCGAACUGUGCUUUCCCGAAUUGUGUAAAUAUCAUCAAGAGGGUGUGCCUGGAUUAUACGAAUACUUUAUUUCGGAUCAACGUCUCGGUCCAAAUGGACGUGAAAAGCUGCUUGCUCUCGACCGUGUGGAGCUCAUUCGUCGUGCCAAGCUGACCGUUACACCAUUGAUUCAGAUUUUGCGGGAGCGUCCUGGAGAAUAUGUGCAAGGAAAGUUCCCUGGACAGGCGGAUUACGUCUUGUUUGGGAGAUAUGCGUACUGCCGACUCUUGAAUAAGGAGAUUGCCAAAGAGGUCUGGGAGGAUCAGGCACCUGAGCUUGCUUUAUGGAUUCAAAAGCUUUCGCAAGCGUUUGAUGGACAUGCUCAGAAAAUAUUUGAUGAGAAUGAUUGAACAGAUUGAAUAGAUUACUGAGAAUAUACUAGAGUGAAUGAUGAUAAAACCUGAUUCAUAGAGGUUGGCAGCACCGAGGUAGUCUUUGGAGAUUUUGGGUAGAUAUUCGACAUUGGGAACCUUUGGGACAUCAUUCAUUACAAGCACUCGUAUUGCUUCCGGAUAAUGUAACGGAUGGUCAUAUUUGUACAUAUCCCAAUUAUUAAAUGUGGAGAGCCAAGUUGAUAUUUGACCAUA